AUGAGCCGCGUCGAGACUUCAAUGGAGGCUGUUGUAUAUGAAGACGCCCCCGAUGCGUCUGCAAGGCUGAAGCGAUUAAAAGUGGCGAUGCUGGCGUUUGCCGGGGUUCCUGCCACGAUUCCCGCAGUGACUGCCAUUCUCGUUCCUGUUGAGUUGUUGGCAGCGCCUUCUUCAUCCUCUGGUUUGCGGCCGGCAACGCUGGCGAGAGAAACUGCAGAGAGUCGAUUGCGUCAGGUGUGCGCAGAUCGCGUACAAAUUAGAAGGUGGCUACAACAUGAACUCGGCAUCACAAUGGACGUAUGGGUUGUGGUAACUGUUCUGCCACGUGACAUUAACGAGUUGUCCUUACUAGCAAAUUGGCAGAUGGACCGACAUCGAUCGCCGUUGCGUCAAGCAGACGCUUUGUCGCUUUCACUGCAAGAAGUGGUGCUGCUGUGGGGGGAUGGGAGGUGUCAGGCACCAAUGCUUGAGAAGUUUCUGUUGCCGCAUCAAAGCCUCCUUCUGGAUGUGACGUGUUGUAUUGGUGAAGGCGGUCGCCAGCUAGUCAAUCCCGCCGUGUUCAGCCCCAUACGGGCGAAGCAAAUAGCGAAAGGCCGCACAUGUGUGGUGGCAUUUUAUAGUGCCUGGCUGCCGUUGUCAUUCAGUACGCGUGGCCUCGCACAAUUGCAGCAACAAUUUCGCGAUAUUGCCAGGCAUGUUCUUUUACACAUGAAACUACCGUUGUCCUGCCCCUACGGUGGGGAGGUUGGGGCGCUGCAGCAAAACCUCGUCAAUGUGACCCUCACGCGUCGAAAUAGAAUUGCAGAAGAGGGGUCCGAGCAGAGAUUGGCUGCUGCGCUGUUGGCGACCCGCUCGCUGAAGGAUAUAUAUAGUCUUGUGGGCGUUCUUUUUGGCAAUCCGCUGGCGAAUUACUACGGCGAGGCAAUGGCGUUUUGUACCUCCGUGCAGAGGCGGCGACGAGCGGCGGGAUUUUUUUGUUACCCCGCCAGUGUGGUGCUUGCGAAACCGGCUGGCGCCACUGGGGCGAUGAGGCAUGUCGAUGAUGUGUCCCCCGCUGAACCUCACCGAAGGCGAGGGCGAAAAGAGACGGCGACGGAGGCGGUGGAUGAGGGACUGACGUGGUGUGAGGACACCGGGGUCUAA